AUGGCGUCUUAUGGAGGGGCUGGAUCGGCCCUUGCCAAUGAACUGCCUGAUACCGUUGAUGGUUUACUGUGGCGAAUGCGAGUCUUCAAAUGUUUAAGCGAAGCAACAAGCACGCCAUGUGGUCAUACGUUUUGUCAGGAUUGCAUACACCAAGCACUGCGAUCGGGCAUGACAGGCUGUCCUGUGUGUAAGCAGCUGGUGCAUCGCCGACGGUUGUACGAUGCCAGCUCAGUGGAUCUGAUUGUCCAUGAAUUUUUGCAGCUGCGCGCCGCGUAUGAGCAAGAAAGCGGGCACGCAAUUCCCAUAUCCAACCAAGGAACAAACCAAGGAUACCAAAGAAGAGCAGCAGCAGAAGCUGUGGAAGCAAAUGAAGAAGAUGGACCAAUCCCACAAACAAUGAAUACAGAUGCAACUGAUGUCACUUCACUUGAAAUACGUCAAGGUGGUGAACGGGACCAGCAACAACAAGAGCACUCGUCAUGUGAACACAUCAUCGCAUGCACAGGCAUCCACGACAACAAUGUGGGAUAUUUCUUGUCUGGUCUGGUCUGCCAUGGUGGGGUUCGCAAUGAGGAGCCAGGUGCCACUGUAGAUCGCGUUCGACUCUCAGGACUCGUCUCUCUGGCAUUCGGCCCUCUGACAUUCGGCCCUCUGGCGAUCGUCUCUCGGCAAUCGACGCUCGGUAAUCAACUCUCUGGCAGUCGACUCUCGGCAAACGACGCUCGGCAAUCAGCUCCCAGCUUCAGCGUUCGGCUCCCAGCAUCCGAGUAUCCAGUAAACAGCUCCUCCAGCAUUCGACAACAGCAGCAAAUGGCCGUCCUUUUGGCAAUCUUCAACCGAUUGCUUGCACUUGACUCUCGAGACUAUGUGUACGCUAUGGCUCCCGCUCGUUUGUACCAAUGA